CUUGGACAUAUUCGUAUAAAAUUGUCUCCUCUUGUACCUAGAAAGUAUAUUUUAGUUAUAGUUUAAGCCAUUGGUCUUCUGUCAAUGUUUUUUCCUUGAUCAAUUAAUUGUGACUCUAUGACAAUGUGUAAGGACUGAAUUAUGAACAAAAGAAGUAGCAAUUAUGAAGAAUUAUGAAGAUAGUGUUGACUGGAUAUUAGUGUUGUCUACCUGUGAUUAAUUUUAUCUGAAACUCCGGAUGGAUUCGAUUUGGCUUCAUUAGAUUAGGUUGAUCUGUGGUGGGUCUUCUCCAGGUAGAACUGACUAGGCAUUUUUGGGGACAUUUAUCAUCAUUUACUGGAUUCAUUGAUGUCUAAAGGAGCUUUCAAAAAGAUGAUGAUGCUGCUCAGCUGGGUCAAGCAUAGUGACUGAAACAUGUGGUGAUGUGCUCUGUUGCUUGUGCAUCAUGAACUAUUUUUUAAUGCAGGACUUGGAGAUGACCCUUGUCAAACUUCUAAUUCAUGUGAUUCUAUGUCAUCUUGCAAGACAUAUACAUGGUCUUUGGAAACAAGAGAUUAAAGAGAAUUUGGGAUGAAGGUGUGCUUUUUGACUUUAAUGGAUGUGAGAUACCUGAGACUUUUAGGAGUUUCUAUUUAAAUUCUCAUACAUCAUGCAGUCAACAUGAAAACAUGAUGGAAGGUAAGAAUCUUUAGAAUGUGGUGGACAGAAUACCAUGUACUUACUUAGUUCAUCCUUUUUCAAGGUGCCCCCUUAGUGCAUCACCACAAACAAGUGGAGGAAAGUUAAUUGGCAACCAUUGGCUCAGUUUGAUGCAUUUAUCCUGUUCAACUGGAGAAAAAUCUAUCAGAUGUACAGAAUGAUGAUAGUUUUGGGAAAUCAAUGGCUCAGUUUGUGAUAUAUAUUGCCGUUCUAUAAUUGUCUUGCUGCUCCUCAAAAGAUAGGGGCAAAUGGUUUGUGCAAAUUAUGAUGGAUCAUUAUGGUGCUGCCACAUUACUCGUUAAAAAAUAAAAGUCGUCUGUUCAUGUGACGAUCUCGGUUCGCCUGCUUUCGGCGAACUUGGUGUUUGAUCACCACCUUGCCUCUCCCUAAGCUUCAAGCUGCGGCCAGUGACCCGUUGAAGCAGCCAACAUGGCAGAGGAGGAGGAGCAGCAGAAGAGGAAGAAACACAAACACAAGGAGAAGGAUCAGCAAAAGGGUCCCAAGAACAAGCCGGCAACGGAUCAGCCCCACUUCAAGUCGAGCGCCGACGUCAAAGGCCUCCGCUUCGGCGGCCAGUUUGUGGUCAAGUCCUUCACCGUCCGGCAGGCGGCGCCGCUUGAGCUACUACAGCUUCUGGACCUCCCUCCUCCCUGCGUCGGCCAGUGCCGGGCCCUCUCUCUCCCUUCCACCCUUACCUACGUGCCCACUAACUUCACCAUCCUCGCCCACCACGCCUGGCACACUCUCACCCUCGGCCUCGGCACCGCCAAGUCCAAGGCGAUCAUCUUCGUCUUCGACUCCGAGAGCACGAAGGCGGCGGUGGACCGGCUGUGGCCGCGCGUGAUCCCCCUGGGCGACGUCAACCGGAAGCUCAUCCGGGGGCUCGCCGGCUGCGAGAUGUCGCGGUUCAAGUUCCGGAAGGGAUGCCUCACGUUCUACGUCUACGCCGCGCGGCGGCAUGGCGCGGCCGGCUUUUCCUGCGCCGACGAUCUGCGGACAAUUCUCGAGGCCGUCGUGGCCCUCAAAGAUUUCCUGGACCACACCGCCGUGCUCGCCCUCCCCAGCCAUCGAAGCAUCACCCUCCCCGUCGACCAAGUCGCAGUGACACACUGAGUUCACUGUGUUCCAUUCAUUGUUCUCAUUACAGAAACCAGAAUCGUGGGUCUCUCUCAGAGGCAGAGAGAUCAGUAAGUAGACUGCAUCUACAAGCUUUCUUUUAAGCUUUCCAACUGUUGUAAUGGCAGCUGAGUUCCAAGGGGAAGAUGAGCAGUCAUCCAUGAAAUGUAGGUAAGAGAAGAUGGAUGGUUCAGGAGGCAAAGGAAGGUGGCCUUUCACUUUGCAGAGGUAAAAGAAGGGACAUGUCGUCCUGCAAGUCUCACCCUAACCAAAAGGGACGACGACACCACUUGUUGCUUUACUCAUGCUCAAUGGACCCAAUCUACGCCUCCUUUUUGAAGUGACAACAGGCAGUGGAUUCGUCAUUCAAGUGUUCCCCAGCGCCAUUCAAUGCAGCAUGAAGAUCUUGUCGACCCCAACAGGCAUCAAAAGCAUAGCGUAGUUAUAAAUCACGGAUCAGACCGGUUUAAUUUACUAAUUAGAUCGUCGUA